UGACCCUGCGCGGCGGCGGCGGAGCUAGCGGCAGCGCCUGCCGCCCGUUUCCUGCUGGCCUGGCGGCGGCUGGUGCCACUGCUCAGCGUUGGGCGGGCGGGAGAAUAAUGCGGCGCAGGUCUCGGCUGCUGCUCUGCUUCGCUUUCCUCUGGGUGCUAGGGAUCGCCUACUACAUGUACUCUGGGGGAAGCGCCGCGCUGGCCGGAGGCGGCAGGAAGGAGGAUCCAAAUAAUAUUAACACAUUAAAAAAGAAAGAUCAACACAGUAAUAAUGGGGAUGAAAAGACGCAAAACAUGGAGACCCUGCCUCCAGGAAAAGUUAGAUGGCAAGACUUUGACCAGGAUACUUACAUUGGAGUCACUAUGGUCAAAGCUGGUCAAGACCCGUAUGCCCGCAAUAAGUUUAAUCAGGUGGAGAGUGAUAAACUACGAAUGGACAGAAAUGUUCAGGAUACAAGACAUGAUCAGUGCCAACGGAAACAGUGGCGGAUAGACUUGCCAGCUACUAGUGUAAUAAUCACUUUUCACAAUGAGGCGCGAUCAGCUCUUCUUCGAACUGUUGUCAGUGUUCUCAAAAAAAGCCCACUGCAUCUUAUUAAGGAAAUUAUACUAGUAGAUGACUACAGCAAUGAUCCUGAGGACGGUGCUCUAUUAGGUAAAAUUGAGAAAGUGAGGAUACUUCGAAAUGAUCGCCGGGAAGGUUUGAUGCGCUCUCGUGUUCGAGGGGCAGAUGCAGCACAAGCAAAAGUACUUACGUUCUUGGAUAGUCACUGUGAAUGCAAUGAACACUGGCUGGAGCCUCUUCUGGAGAGAGUAGCAGAGGACAAGACCAGAGUUGUGUCUCCUAUAAUUGAUGUAAUUAAUAUGGACAAUUUCCAAUAUGUGGGGGCCUCAGCUGAUUUAAAAGGCGGCUUUGACUGGAAUUUGGUGUUCAAGUGGGAUUACAUGACACCUGAGCAAAGACGAGCACGGCAAGGGAACCCAGUUGCUCCCAUAAAAACGCCAAUGAUAGCCGGUGGACUCUUUGUGAUGGACAAACUUUAUUUUGAAGAGUUAGGAAAGUAUGAUAUGAUGAUGGAUGUAUGGGGUGGAGAAAAUCUAGAGAUUUCAUUCCGUGUGUGGCAGUGUGGUGGGAGUCUUGAAAUCAUCCCAUGCAGCCGAGUUGGCCAUGUCUUCCGCAAGCAACAUCCUUAUACCUUUCCAGGAGGAAGUGGUACUGUUUUUGCAAGAAAUACACGCAGAGCAGCAGAAGUAUGGAUGGAUGAAUACAAAAAUUUCUAUUAUGCAGCAGUGCCUUCUGCCAGAAAUGUACCUUAUGGCAAUAUUCAAAGCCGAAUGGAGUUGAGAAAGAGACUUAACUGCAAACCAUUCAAGUGGUACCUUGAAAAUGUGUAUCCUGAAUUAAGGGUGCCUGAUCACCAGGACAUAGCGUUUGGGGCUUUGCAGCAAGGAACCAAUUGCCUUGACACAUUAGGCCACUUUGCGGAUGGCGUUGUCGGUGUUUAUGAAUGUCAUAAUGCUGGGGGAAAUCAGGAAUGGGCCUUAACAAAGGACAAGUCAGUGAAACAUAUGGAUUUGUGCCUUACGGUUGUAGAUAGAGCUGCUGGCUCACUCAUAAAACUUCAGGGCUGCAGAGAAAAUGACAGUAGACAGAAAUGGGAACAAAUAGAAAGCAAUGCCAAACUGCGGUACGUGGGCAGUAACUUGUGUUUAGACAGCCGAAAUGCCAAAAAUGGUGGUCUGACUGUUGAAGUCUGCAAUCCUUCACUGUCGCAGCAGUGGAAGUUCACACUUAAUCUACAGCAGUAGAAGGGCUUGCACAGAAGUACUGUCUCAUUUCCUAAACCUUGGGCAACAUUUUGAUUGCAUUACUGAUACUUUAUAUACCUCAGUAUUCCAUCUUUGUCUGAAAGUGGGCAACAACGAAAGUGAACAUAAGGAAAUCGAAGGAACUGGGGAUCCUGUGAUCAUCUGAUCAAAUAUAGCUGAAGCAGUGCUCACCCCCCUCUUCCAUCAAGGCUCGUUGGCUCCUCUCCAGCUUCAACCUAAUAUUUUCAGAGCAGAUGAUUAACCUCCUUAGAAACCACAGAUAGAUAGUAGAAACCUGCUUUCAACACAGGGAGGGGAGGGCACACUUGGCAGGGAAGUGGCUUGAAGAAUCUCAUGAGCAGUCUCCAUUUGCAUAAAAAUAGGUGUUUGUGGUUUCCAGCAAUCAAAGCAUCAUUUGGAAGGUUUUGCCAUGUAUACUUGGUAUAUUUGACCAUGGACUUUUCUAUGAUGAGACUCUAGAUAUAAACAUUAUAUAUAAAUAUAAAUAAAUAUAUAUAUAUAUAUGUAUAAAAUAUAUAUUGUCAAAAUUUACAACUUUCUAUCAAUUUUUCAUCAUCCUGUAAUUUAUCAACAAAGCAUUUUAACACUUGACUGGAAAGUAGAUUGGACAGUUGUAGAAGAACAACAUUUUGUGAAGAUGCAAGUUUGUGCUGCUGCAUUGUGUUCACGCAAACACUGGAUGCUUCUGCUUUGUAAAGUGUGCCUUUUUUUUUUUUUUUGCACUUCGUUCUCCUGAAAGUGGCCAGACCUCUGUUGCAGGGGUUGGUGGAAUGGCAGAAAGAGGCUUGCACGCUUCAUCUCACCAGCAUUGUCACCUUCAGUUCAGGAAUACCUGCCAUGUGCUCUGGAUACCUGUAAACUCAGCAUAUUUGUAUUAAGCAACUCUAGACUACCUUACAUUUAAAACUAGGUUUAAAAAUGCAGCUUUGGAGCUUUGGUUCUUGGUUUCUCCUCUUUGCUGUGUUUUACUCCGUUUAAAAAGUUGUCAGAAUGACAGAUAGCACAAGACCACAAGUAGCCUUCUUGUGAAAUUACGAGCAGCCUAUUACUGAUGAUCAACAUUGCAGCUGUUACACAUCUGCUCUUGGAUAUCAUGGUUUGAGGUUUUCUCUGUAUCUUUUCACUAUGCCUCAAAAUGGAACUGUAGAAAAUAAUUGGAGCGGAAGUAGAACAUUGGAAGUGAUUGUUUCAUUCUGCCGUUUUUAUAUCAUAGCAAUGUCAUCUCUGCAUGUGUUUUCUGCAUCAACUUUUUUUAAACACAACUGACAUAAGAUUUUAAACAGAGAAAUGAAAAUAUUCAUAAAAUACUGCUCUCCCCAAUGAUUACAAAAGGACAAAGGUAAAUUAUUAUGCAAUCAUUUCUUCACAGUGUUCGUCUUCUGGCUAUGUGAUUUGGGAGAAUUCUAUAAAGUGCAUUUUUCCAUGAUGGCUACAAUAUUUGCUGCAAAAAAUGGGUGUCUUUCCAUUCAAAUGAGGACUUUAGUUUUGCAGUGUUUCAGAUAAGCCAGUGAACAUUUGAAUUUAUAUGGCAUGCUUGUGGUUUCUGUUGAUACUGUAUUGAGAUACUACAGUGUUUUAAUCAAGAACGAUGUUUCCAUUGAUGGGGUGAAUGUGAAUAUUACCCUUUUCUAGACUAAAUUUGCCUCCCCAUGAUUAAAACGUCUCAUGUAAGUAUGUCCUUGACAGGAAAAAUAGAUAAACACGGUCUUUGUCUUUUUUGAAAUUCAUUUUUUAAGGCCACCCAAGUCAUGAGAUGAAGGUAACAUUCAUUUGUAAAACUGGGUCAUUGAGGGAGAGUACUGAAAUGUUUAUUAGGUAGCCAACUAAUUAUAAUCCAAGAUUUCUGGGGAAGAACUUUUUGGGGGAAAGGAAGCUAAAUUGUGAAGGUUUUUGUUUUUUUAAUGGGUAGAAGCUAUCCAGUAAAUAGCUGAUUCUGAAAAGCUACUAUCUUGACUAAUAUUUAAGCAGAUGUGUUAGCAGGAUUUCCAAAAAGUCUUAAAUGUUAGCUACGUGUUGUAUUCAAGUUCUAGAGAUGAAAGUGGUAAUUAGGUAUGGACGCUGGAUCAGAAAAUACAGUAAUGUGAUGCUAGCGAUGUUUACAUGACACAGUGUGCCAAAGUUAUUUACUGUGACUUCAUUCUUUUUUUU